AGAUCGUAUUUUUGUUUCAAGUUGAAUUCUCGUUUCCAACACAUUACUAAUUUCAGAAACAAUUCUAUGGAACUAUUGGAUUCAAUAUCUGAAGUUCAUAUUGCGAUGAAUUUAUUUCUGAAUAACAAAUUUCAGACGGCUGAGGAUCGUUUGGCUGCGUUAACAAAGCUUAAUAUAGUUGAAUUCCUUAAAUUUUCAUUUGCACCAGCAAUGGUUUAGUGUCAAAAAAAUAUGUAUCAUGCACUUGGCUACAGCGCAGUUGUAUGUGUAAGAGCGAUCAUGACAUGUGAUAGGCACGAUUUGGAGAGAGCGAUGCAAGUUUCCAAAGACACCACAGCUGUUAUCGAUACAUUCCGUGCGAAGUUCUCGAUCGCAGAAUCGUUGCACAGACUCAGUGGACAAAUGAAGACACUGACCGACCAGGUGGUUGGAUUCUCCGGAGAUCUGCGAAAACAAUUGCAGACAGUUGGAAUAAGUGAAUCAAUGAAUGGAACUUUACGUGCAACGUUGUGCUCGAUGGUUCUAUUAUCGUGGCAUUUAUUAGCAGACUUCGUUGUUGGUUCUGCUAAUGCGGAUAUUAAUAUUUGCAAGCAGCUUUCGUCAUCGCUUAUCAAUAGCUAUCCAGAGUCAAAAUGUGUUUACACUUAUUUAGUUACUAUUCUUAUCAAUACACAGCUGAAUUCAGCAGGAAUAACAGAAACAGUUGAAAAUUUGCUGAGGAGGGUGCCUGAGUUAAGAAUACGUAUUGCUGGUAAAUUGCUACCAGUUGAGAAAUUUUGCGCAAUUAAAUCGAAUCGAUUCCUUCGAAACGGCUCAACUUUCCUUGCGCACUAUGAAUUUUUAUAUUUCUGGAAUGGAUUCACAAUAAUAUCAACGAAUUCUAUGUUGAUGGAGUCAACACUAAAAGAUAUUGAUGCGAUAUGGCAACGAUUGAAGGAAGAUAAUGGUUUGCUGUUUUGUGAAAAAAACCUUAAUGAUCACAGCUAUUUGGUUCCAUAUGCAUUGUUCGAGUUGGCGCAACUGCGAACGGAUGAAGGGAAAAAUGAGGAUGCAAAGAAACUACUGAAAAGAGCACGAACUUAUCGAGGAUAUUUGUUGGAGACACGACUAAAUUUCAGAAUCCGGAGUGUAAGCGGAACACUUGGUGUAAGACACCGUUAA